AGCGCGACACAAGCGACCGACAUCGGCUAUGGAGCUAUGGAGGCCGCGGAGCGAAAUACCGAUUCGCCCUGCAUCUCCGCCGUCCUCUCGUGCCUCGCACUCUCAAUCGUGUACGUGGCGAGCCUGUAUGUCUGGAGUUCGCCGCACAACAGGGAACACCCAUCAACGAUAAAGAAACGAUUUUUUAGUGUGUUUAUCAUGACUCUCAUUUCUCCAGUACCUUUGUACUUUGGUAUGAACGAGAAUGUAUUUCAGAAGGCAACCAUUUGGGAGUUGCUGGGUCUACGAUGGUCAGGCUUGAUACAGGCGACUGUGAUACCGUUGCUUCUAACGAUGAUCCUGUUCCUAGGUCCUCUGAGUCUGCAGGGAUUCAAUGGAUUGUGGCGAUUGUACACUGAACCUAUAUAUUGGUUGGGAAGCGUGAGAACGCUGAUCUGGUGGAGGAAUCAGGUAGUUGCUCCAUUGUCUGAGGAGUGGACUUUCAGGGCUUGCAUGUUGCCAUUGCUCUUGCAAUGCUUCGCACCGACUACUGCCAUAUUCGUGUGCCCCUUGUUCUUCGGGGUAGCUCAUUUCCAUCAUGUAGUGGAGAGAAUAAAGAUGGGAAUGGGGAUCAAGCACGCACUGUUUAUAUCCUGUUUCCAGUCCGCGUACACGACAUUAUUCGGAGCGUACGCAGCCUUCCUCUUUGCCAAAACAGGUCAUUUCAUUGCACCGUUCGCCGUGCAUUCUUUCUGCAAUCACAUGGGAUUUCCUGACCUCUCUGAAGUAGCAGCGUACAAGGAUCCACUGAAAAGAGCCGGACUGCUGUGUCUGUUUGUAAUCGGUUUAGUCGCUUGGUGCUUUUUGUUGACGCCAUUGACUCAUCCGUCAUUGUUCCACAAUAAUUUGUUCUGGCAUAAACAUUUUAUAUGAGAUACGUCUAACUUAUAACAAGUGAUUAAAUGUUUUUAUGCAGGAUUUACCGUAACCGCUCCAUCGACUUAACAGUUUACAUUGUUGUGUGACAUUUUAACGUUGAAUCUUAAUAGUACAAUACUUGUAUGUCAAGGAGUUUCUCGCGCAUCAUUGCGGGAUUAACAUGAUUUCGUACUGAUUAAUUUUCUAAGCCGAGAAAUAGAUCGAUAUAGAUAGAUAGUCUAAUCUUAACUGAUCGUACAAUUAACAUUGUUAUGAAUUGUAUCACCGUAGUGCCUGAUAUUUAAUUAGACUUUUAUAGUGGUAAUUGCGAGUGUCAAUAACUAUUGGGACAAAGCGAACUUGUUCUCAAAGCCAAAGUGCGGAGACUCAUAUAAAUUAUCGUUUACGAAUCGCUACAUAUUCGUAUGUUGCAUUAUUUCACAAUUUUGAGGCGUCGGUUAAAUGUUAUCGAUAUUAUCCUUUCACAAGGAUUUUUUGUAAAACGAGAACUGUAAUAUAAAUUAUCAUAGAGAUAUAAUUAAUGUAACGUAUUAAGAAAGUUUCUAAAUCGAUCUUUCUAAUCGUCUACUUUUAUAAUGAUCUGUGUGUACAGUGUAUUUACGAUAUUUAUGUAUGCGAGACGGCAGUUAACGUGACAUUCAAACGUGAGCGAAACUGCUGCUACAUGUAUACCAAUGGUUUAUUUAAAUCACAGAAGUAAGUUGUUUAACAAUAUUACGAUACUAAAUAAUACAGUUUUUUAUAUAUGUACAUGUAUACAUGUAUUGAUGAACGCGUAUGCAUUAUAUAUGCAGUGAAACUAUAACAAAAGUACGUAAGUAUUUUCGUACGUGCAUAUGGGAUAUUCGAGAGCCGCAGUAACCGAAUAUAGCGCAUAUAUGUAUUCGAGUGCAAUUCAACUUUGAAAUAUCUUUUGAUUGCAUACAUAAUGUAUACCAUACAUUUGUUACUCAAGAGAUGCGAUCGUGCUGAAAUCAACUUUUGAAAUUAUAUAUUCAGGGAUAUGAAGUGUUGAUAGUGAUACAGUGUUGACAUAUUAUUAAGUGUUUUACAGUUGAGGUAAAAAUGCAGGUCGCAUGCUAUGCGUAAAUUAAUAUAACAAUGUUCACACCGACUUAUAUCGAUAGCUUCCUUUACUUUAGGACUUGUUAAUUUUGUUUCAAUACAUCGCGAGAAAAUGGCGCGUUUCUUUGUACGAUUAUCUUCGUUUUUUGUAUAACAUUAAUACAGAAUAUAUAAUUCUAAACAAAACACAUACAUUUUUAACUCUCGUAUUAUCUAU